UGCUAUGGAGAAUAUAUUAUAUAGUCAUGGCUAGUAUCUGCUUGGUAUUGCUCACUAUUGUUAUAGUUAUACACACACUCGCGGACGGGCAAGUGUGCAAAAAUGGAACUGUACGGCUAGUAAGAUAUGGUAGUUUCAAUGAAGAGUAUGUCCAGUACUGCCAUGAUGGAGAGUGGCAUUCCCUGUGUGCUGGUGGUGGAACAUGGUCAAGAGUGGAGGCCAAUGUUGUGUGUAGACAACUGGGACUCAGCGGCCAAAGAGCCAAGAAAGGAGGUGAUACAACACCAACAGCUAAUCCACCCUACUUUAUGUUUGGUGACACAUCCUGUGCUGGAGGGGAAAGUAACAUAGGAGAGUGCAGAAUUCAUACCAAUAGUACAUGUAGUGAUAGAGCAGGAUGGGUAAAAUGUCAACCAGCUAAUUGCACUGAUGGAACAGUGAGACUGGUGGGUGGUUUCACUAACAGAGAGGGACGAGUGGACUUCUGUACACAGGGACAUUGGGCAUCCAUCUGUUACAAUGAAGUGCUGGCAGACACCGUUUGCAAUAUGUUAGGAUUUCCAAUGCAGGGAGCAAUGGCGAAAAGUACUACUUCUUCUAUUGACCCAAAAGUUGAUUACAGUGACAGAUGAUGGCACCACCCUGAACUGUGGAGACACUAUACAACUGCCACCUAUACGUGAUGUAGGAAGCUUAGUCAUCACAUGCCAAACUUUCAGCCAUGCUGUACAUACUCUAGCAGUACUAGGAGCAGUGAUUGGGCUUCUUGUACUACUAGAAGUAGGGACAGUUAUUGCGUGGGUGGUUUGUACUGUCACAAAGAAAAUGCACUCAAGUUCAACAAAACAAAGAAUUCUAACAAAAGUGAAUGAGAGUUACAAUGGGACAUUCCUAAAACAACCGAACGUCAGCUCACAAGAUCCUAACUACGAUACUGUGACCACAAGUGAUGAAGCAGUUGGUGACUAUGAUGUCAUUGAUAAUAUCAAGC